AUGGCCACCGGCUUAGAGGCCCUUGGCGCUGCCAGCGCUGUUAUCCAGUUGAUCUCGUUUGCCGGGAGCCUCGUCUCCCUGAGCUUUAAGAUUUAUGAUGGCGUACCUACGCCCGAGAACGAGCUUGAGGAGUACUCGACCAAGAUGAUGGAGGCGGCCCGUUCCGUUCAGGCUCGUGGCAAGCAAGUGGCUCAGGGAACCCAGGUCGGCGACAAACUAUCGAAAGUCUCACAGGAGUGCAUCGAUGCAGCCACAGAGCUGAGGAAAGAGGCUCAAACCCUUACCAAGCGAUACCAAAAGGGCAAAAUGUUCAAGGCUGUCUAUUCUGCUCUCCGCGCGGAAAGCCAUAAGACCAAGCUCAAUCAGUUGAAAGAAUCGCUCGAGAAAUGCAAGGAACUGAUGGAAACAGAGCUGCUAUUGAAGAUAUGCGACCAGGACACUGCCAUAGCACAACAACAGUCCCAAGGAUUCCGAAGUCUGGAGGUUGAUGUCAAGAACCUCAUUCUCAAGAUUGCCGAAGGUUAUACCAGGGUAGAGCAACUGGUUUCCAUCGAAGCCCAAGCCACACGGGAUGCCAUCAACACUCACGUUACCUCCGAGUUCAAGGCUUUGGGCAUCAAGAAUAUUUCGGACAACCAGCGUCAAAGACUCUUGAAAAGCCUCAAGCCGGAAGAAAUCAGAGAAAGAUAUAACGCCGUGCUGCCAUCAUCGGAUGCUUGUUUCGAAAGAGUCUUUGCUUCAUAUGAACGUGUUUGUCGCAACGACCCCGGAUACAGAGCCUGGAAAGGGCACGAGCAAGCAUUCGACAAUGACAGCGAGAACGACAGCGAGAAUGAAAUGUCGGAAGAGGGGUCUGAAGAGAGUGACUGGACUGACGAGAGCGACAAAAUUGACGAAAUUGAUCACAUAUGGGAAUGUUUCAGUACUUGGCUGCAGUCAGAUGAUAAAUUGUUCUGGAUCCGAGGAAAGCCAGGAUCUGGCAAAAGCACGUUAAUCAAGUUCGUCAUCAACAAUAACAACACAAAGCGUUUACUUGGCUCUUGGCACCCAAAUACUAGAGUUCUUUCGCAUUUCUUCUGGAAGAUCGGAAGUGAACCUCAGAACAGCAUCAGAGGUCUGUUAUGUUCCUUGCUUUACAACCUUCUAUUGGAAGACGACGAUGCCAUCGAUCAAGUAUUGGGGGAAUUCAAGUUUUCCGAAUCGAAAGACUUUUACAAGGAGUGGUCAUCUCAAGAAGCGGAGAAAAUCCUCCGGUAUCUGUUGGGUUCUUCGGCUCGCCCAACCUGCAUUUUUGUCGAUGGUCUUGACGAGAUAUCAGACAAGGACGGAUAUCAGAAACUCCUUGGAGUCGUUCAAAGACUUACGAGAUGUCAGGGAGUAAAGGUCUGUGUAUCAAGCAGACCCGAGACAGAGUUAGUCAAACGGCUUGAAAACAUGCAAGUGAAGAACCUGCGACUGGACGACCUUACCAAGCCCGAGAUGGCCGUCUUUUUACAGAAAGAAUUCGAGAAAUUGCGAAAAGAACAGUCCGCUGACUUGCCACUGAAGCAAUUCAAAAAGAAACUUUUAAGAAAAGCACAAGGGGUCUUCCUCUGGCUUUAUCUUGCUACGAAAAGUGUCAUGCAUGGAAUUAUGAACGGCGAUGAUCAUGAAACCCUUUCUAAAAGACUUGACGAACUCCCGGAAGAGCUUGAGUCUCUUUAUCAGAAAAUGUGGGAGAGGCUGAAUGGGGACAAUCGAGUUUACCGACAGACCGCAUCUCGUUACUUCCGCUUCGCCAUAGCCGAUGGUUGGGAUAUAACCCUAAGGACGAAAGAAGACGAAUAUAUCCACCGCAUGCAUGAGCCCAAUUUAGUCCAACUAUCACUGGCAGUAAAAGCCGAAGACGGGUUAAUCUUCCCACCUAAAGCAAAUGAGAUGAAACUGUCCGAGCUGGAUACCCUUUGUGCUGCUACAGAAAUAGAUAUCCAAAUCCGAUGCGCUGGUAUGCUACAAGUUGGUCAGCCCUAUGCCAGUAAAGUCGAUUUUCCUGAUGCGCUGAAUCCACUUAUGCGACCAGUCCGGUUCAUUCACCGCACAGGUCACGAUUUCCUGGUUGAUACAGAACAUGGUCAAUCGAUUUUGAAUCACAGGUCAAUUGAGCCAACAUUGGUGGACGAACAUCUAAAACUGCUCAAAUGCCGGCUCAAUCUGGCCAACACGUACUACCGCGAGCUGGAAAUUGUGUCCAUUUCUCAACACGCUAUUUCUGACUGUAAUCAACUGAAAACAAAGGGAGCGAAUACACAUGCCAUAUUGGCAAUAAUUGGAACUAUGAAAGACCUUUAUGAAGAUGGUGCUCUGGAUUAUCGCAUUGGGAUGUGGAAACCUCAACUAUCUUUUCCAUGUGUCGCAGCAGCUUAUUUUGACAGCUUCGACGAUUUCAUUAUUUCUUCUUUUAUGCCGACUCCCUCACCGGAGCUCGCUACCAAAAGCCUUCACGAGCUGGCACUUGCAAGUCAAUACUCCAUAAUGUCCAAAACAUCAGCCAGGAUAAUCCGAGGCAUGAUUGAACUUGGAGGAGAUGCACAUGUUGCCAAAAGGUCCAAGCUGUCAUUUGAGUUUGCGGGGCGCGAAAUGUUUACAGCCCAACACACCACAGCCUUCGAGUCGUUUCUUUGUGGUGCAUUAAACCCGACAACCUAUUAUGAGAGAAGGAACUUUCUUAACGUGACCGAGAUUCUUCUACAGACCUGCCCAGACUUACACAGAAGGGUCAUGGUAUUCUUAUCAGAGGUUGGUUUCUUGCGGCCUUAUCGACUUCAAGAGUGUGCAUGGGUCGCCAUGGAGGUCGAUCUACAGUUUCUCAUAAACCGGCUACUGGCCAAUACCGACUCAGAGAGCAUCCCAACUCAGUCAUAUCAUAGAAUUCGCGGACUUGCAGCUUCUUUCACCAGACCCUAUGCACGUGUUCGAAAUAUCGUGCUCCAUCGGAAAAAAGACCCCCGGACUCGCUGUUAUCGUAUUGUCAACCAGGAACCAUACCUAGACGUCAUAAACAGUCUUGGGAAUCGUGAAAAGAGCCGCGAAGCAAUCAAAGCCCAUAUAGGCACCCUGGACUCCAUGGAUGAUCCCAUUGAUAGGUCUACCCAUUCAGCGUCUAGUUUUCCAUCGGAUUGUCCUGAGGAGGUGUCUAUUGAGAAAGAGAUGGAUAUUCUGGUACAAGAGGGUAUAGGGCUAUACAGAGAGUUGGAUGUAAAUUUUCCUUAA